AUGUUUGCUACCACUUACAACUUUGGUCAGCAGAUUGAACAAGCUCAGGUCCAGAACGAGAUCCAUCAGAGUCAACAACAACAGCCCAUGGCUCCUAAUUAUGGUCCAUACGGUUCGUAUGGAUUCGAUUCUUGUGGUGACCCGUGUGAGUCGAUCUCUUCGACUUACGGCUUUUUGCCUUCCAGCAUUGCCCAGGGUUAUCCGGUUCCUUCUCAGAUGAAUUCCUCGAUGUCCACGUCUAUGGGUAUUAAUGGGGUGCCUUCGCAUCCUGUGCUGGCACAUUAUCUGCCUGUUCAGGCUGCUCCAAGCUCUUUGUUUGGUUGCAAUCCGUAUAGCUCUAGCAUGACUUAUCAGAAGAAUGACUACAUGGGUUUUCCUGUGGUGCCUAUUCCAGUGGUGUCGGCAAUGCCGGUUAUUCCAACUGGGGCUGUACUUCAGGCUGCACCUGUGGUUCCAGUUGUUGCUCCAGAUCAGCUUGAUGUUCCUCAGGUUACUGGUGGCGUCUCUGCUGUUCUGGACUAUGACUUGGAGCAAAUGGUUAAGUUUGUCUCGUGGCUUUCAUUUGGUCUACUUAAACGAGCAGACAGUCCAACGGCAGGCUUCCAUUCAACUGUGAAGUCGGUUCUUUCGGCAACAAGGUUGCCCAAGUCCACUAUCAUUUUGGCUCUCUUGUAUCUCUCCGAUAAAAUAGAGAAGUGUCACGAGACCAUUAUUAGAGAUGAUAACGAUGAAGGUACCUUCCAAAACUUGGUGGUUUCUCUGGUUCUCGCCAAUAAAUUCAAUGAUGACAACACUUUCCGUAACAAGUCUUGGUCUGAUGCUACAGGGCUUCCUGUGGCUUUGAUCAACAAAAAGGAGAGAGAAUGGUUGGCUGUCGUUGGUUGGAAGCUACAUUAUGAGGAAGGAUACUUCUGUAUUGAAGAGUGUUGGCAGACCUGGUGCCAGAAGUUUAGUGAGGUUUCGUCUCCUUCGAACUCGGUUUCCGUUUCGUCUCCUUAUUCUGAUGCUGUGACCCCUCCACUCGAUCUUACUUCAUCGUCUUCUCCUCUGUGGUUCCCUCAACAACAACAACAACAACAACAGUUGCUACCUCAGUACAAGUGUAUGGGUGACGACUCUGUUGAUUACUGCGCUCUUUAUCAGCAGAUGUUUAAACAGCAGCAGCAGCAGCAGCAGCAGCAGCAGCAGCAGCAGCAACAGCAGCUACAACAACAGCAAUUUAUUGCUUCUUCUCUUUCUGCUGCUCCUUCUAUCUCUACUGCUCCUUCUAUUUCUACUGCUUCUUCCUACUCCAGAUUAGCCGCCCCUUCGAUGAUGACCACCGGAAAUGACAAUCUCUCUUUAAAAAACCCUCAGUUCAAGGUGGGACUAAGUUUCGUUGCUAUCAUUGUGUCUCUCAUGUUUGUGGAUGCUUUCAAGACAUCAUUUCCGAGGGAAUUGGCAGACGAUAAUGCAGGCAUUUACGCUUAUGGUAACUCCAGAGCUCCUAUAACCAAGACAAUUGGCCAAUCCAUUUGGGAUGUCAGAUCUAAGAAAUUCUAUGCACAGAGAAACCUGUACAUCAGUGGAGCAGUUCUAUUUUUGUUGUUGGUGAUUUACUUUGAUAUUUUACUUCUCGAAUCUCUCGUCAGAAACAAAGAUAAGCUUUCUUCUGGAUUGACUGUGGAGGGCAAGGCCAGAUCCGAAUCCAAAAGUAGCUCAAUCGAGUAUGAAAAGUUGAAGCAGGAACUUGGGCAGAAAGAUGUCGAUUUGGUGACGCUAAAGGAACAGGUGAAAAAUCUACACAAGGAAUAUCAACGUAAAGCCGAUGAAGAGGCAGGCAAGGAUAAAUCUGAGGUAACACAGGAUACUAAGAAAGAUGCUUAA